GGAGCAGCUGGCGCGUUGGGCCGGCGCGCCUUUCGCUCCUCGCUGUUCCCCUGCGAAGCGGCCGAGCGCCGGGCGGCUGUUGCACACGGGCGCCGGGCUAUGGGUGCGCUGCUACCGAGCCACCAUCUUCCUCUGCCCGGGGAAGUGCGCCGCCGCCGCCGCCCACUUGGCCAGACCCAGGCGAGCCCGGAAUAGUGAAGUGAUCUGGAUUGAACUUCAUGAAGUAUGGUUCUAAGGGAUAGCUGGCUUUGCGCUCACUGGGCAUGGCAGAGCACAAGGAGGUGCUUGGUUGUGCUUGCUCUCUUAUUGUUACACUCAUCUGAUUUGGAAGGCAGGAAAUCGCACCCAUUUGUCUGGAAAACAGGUCAUUGGGGACGAUGUAUAGGUGAUUGUGGUUCAGGCGGUGUUCAGAGCCGAGUAGUCUGGUGUGUUCAUUCUGAAGGGUGGACAACCCAUCAUUCAAAUUGUGAACAAAGUGACAGACCUGAAAGCCAGAGGAGCUGUUUUAAAAUAUGUGACUGGCAUCUUGAACUCUUUGAGUGGGAAGUUUCAGAAUGGCACCUAUGUGUUCUUGUUCCUUUUGCCCUUGGUGAAGCCAGACCAAGAACUUCGGCAUGUGUAACAGCCCAGCAUGGAUUACAACACAGAAAAGUACAAUGUAUACAGAAGUUGAACAGAACAGUGGUUGCGAAUGAGAUAUGUGAAUAUUUCACCCCUCAGCCACCUAUGGAACAAGCUUGCCUAAUACCUUGCCCACGGGAUUGUGUAGUGUCUGAGUUUUCCUCCUGGUCUGUAUGUGGCAGACACUGUGGAAAGAGUUUACAACACAGAACCCGUUCUGUUAUUGCGCCGCCACUCUAUGGCGGAGCCAAAUGCCCAAAUCUAACUGAAUCGAGGGUUUGCGAUGUUUGGAUGUCUUGUCCUCAUGGGGAAGAGGAAUAUACAUACAGUCUUAAAGUUGGACCCUGGAGUAAGUGUCGGAUGCCUCACCUUAAGGAAAUGAAUAUGAUUGGGAGGACUAUGCUGGAUUUUGGUUCCGAAUCAACAGAACGAAGCACCUUCAAACUUCAAGUGGUGGAGAAUUUCCAGAGUUUUCAUAGAUCUAGGUCACACUACAGUUCCAAGCCUUGGGAUGUAGAAAUUGGUUACCAAACAAGGCAGGUGAGGUGUACGAGAAGUGAUGGGAAGAAUGCUAUGCUGAGCCUUUGUGUGCAAGAAACCAUCCCUUUGACCUUUCAGUCCUGUGUUAUGCCUAAAGACUGUGAAACAUCAGAUUGGUCUUCAUGGAGCUCCUGUUCAAAGACUUGUCACUCAGGGGAUCUCUCACCAGGAUACCGAAUUAGAACUCGGAGUGUAAAGCAUGUUGCUGUAGGAGCCGGCCGAGAAUGUCCUGAAACAGAAGAAAGGGAAGCCUGCAAUGUCGGAGGAGGUGAUCGUGCUCAUCCAUGCCCAAGAUAUUCAUGGAGAAGCUCUGAAUGGAAAGGAUGUGACGUCACUCUCCUAGAACAGCGACCUCGACACCAUAAGCGCUCAGCCCUUUGUGGAGGUGGGGUACAGGUCCGGGAAGUAUACUGUGCCCAGAUCACACUGGAGGAAACACACAAGUUAAAGGAAGUUGCUAGACCUGUUGAAAAAAAGCUGUGUCUCGCUCCUGCUCCCCCGGCUUCCCAACUCUGCAAUAUCCCAUGCCCUCCUGAAUGCCUGGUUUCUUCCUGGUUGGGAUGGGGGGCCUGCAUUCAUGAAAACUGCCAAGAUAAUCAAGGGAAAAAAAGGUGUUUCAAAAUGAGGCAAAGACACAUCAUUGUGGAACCCAUGGGUACUUCUGGCAAUUGCCCGCACUUGAUAGAAUCUAUUCCAUGUGAAAACCCAGUGUGCUACAAGUGGAUCAUUUCAGAAGGAGUCUGCUUACCUUAUAACGGAAUAUGUGGACAAGGGAAUCGUGUGCAGCAUGCUGUAUGCAAGAACUACAAGGGUGAGGAUGUGUCAGGUGAUCUCUGUGCAGACUCCCAUUCGCCUUCCAAGACCAUAACAUGUGAAGUACCGUGUGGAAUGGACUGUGUUGUGACUGAAUGGUCGCAGUGGUCAUCUUGUUCUCACUCAUGCACCAGUAAAAAUGCUGAAGGCAAGCAAAGCAGAACAAGGUCAAUACUGGCAUUACCAGGAGAAGGUGGAAAGUCAUGCCCUCCUAGUCAUGCACUAGAAGAAUAUCGUACAUGCAACGAGCACGCUUGCAACCAGAUCUACUGGGAAACCUCAGCAUGGAGUCCCUGUUCAGAAAACAUCUUGGUAACAGCUCUGAAUGCUACCAUUAACUGGAAUGGUGAGCCUACCUGUGGAGUGGGCAUUCAGACAAGGAAGGUCUUCUGUGUGAAGAAUAAUUCUGGCCAGGUCCCAGCCAAAAGGUGCCCAGAAUCCAUCCGGCCAGACACAGUCCGCCCAUGUUUGCUGCCAUGCAAGAAGGAUUGUGUCGUGACCCCUUUCAGCGAAUGGACACACUGCCCUACCACCUGCCAACGUGGUAAUGCUCCUGCAAUGAAACAGUCCCGCUACAGGAUUAUUAUUCAUGAUGCUGUUAAUGGAGGACAGGAAUGUCCAGACACCUUGUUUGAAGAAAGGGAAUGUGAAGACAUCCCUCUUUGUGCUGUGUACAGCUGGAAGAUCCACAAGUGGAACUGGUGUAUGUUGGUGCCAGAUUCUGUAAGGCAAGGUGUGCCAGGAGUCAAUGAAGCAUGUGGUCAUGGUUUGCAGUCAAGAGUUGUUACAUGUGUCUUGGAAAGCAACCAUUCGGUAGAUGUCAGUGAGUGCUUGAAGUGGGCUGAACCUAUGCCAUCCCUUGUUCAGGACUGCCUGAUUCCUUGCAAAGAUGACUGCACAUUCACCCCUUGGUCUAAAUUUUCUGCAUGUGCUUCAGACUGUGAAUCAACACGAAGUAGAAGACGAACCCUCACAGGGAGAAGCAGAAAGCGAGACAAGUGCCAGAAUACAGAAAUAUAUCCCCUUGUUGAAGCGGAACCAUGCCCUUGCACAAUAUUUACCAGCCGGCCCCAUGGAAAUUGGUCAGAAUGCAUAAUUUCCAUAGGGAAAACAGAGCUGCAGCUAGACCUGAGAUUUCACGGGCAUGCCAAGGAAUGCGGAGAAGGGGUGCGCUUCAGAGCCCUGGCCUGCUACGAUAAGACCGGCAGACUUGUGGAACCGUCUCAUUGCAACCACUCAGGUUAUGUUGAACAGCCUUGUACGGUACCUUGUCCAUUUGAUUGCAAAUUAAGUGACUGGUCUAGUUGGGCCCCUUGCAGUUCGUCUUGUGGAACAGGAGUGAAAAUCCGGUCCAAGUGGCUUAAGGAGAAGCCUUACAAUGGAGGACGUCCAUGUCCAAAACUGGAUCCUAAGAAUCAGGCUCAGGUGUAUGAGGCAGUCCCAUGUUACAGUGAAUGCAAUCAGUAUUCCUGGAUAGCAGAACCAUGGUCUCCUUGUGAAAUCAACAGCGAGCUAAACUCCCUGCACUGUGGUGAAGGAAUACAAACUAGAAAAAUAAGAUGUAUAAAUACCACCGAAGAUGGCAGUGGCGAAUCUGUAGCCAACAUGCUCUGCAAUCAGUCCGAAAUCCCCCUUGAAAGACAAAAGUGUACCCUCUACUGUCCCAGUGAGUGUGUUGUGUCCGAGUGGGGUCGCUGGAGCCAGUGCCCAAAGCCAUGUGACCCCAAUAUAAUGCAAACACGGACUCGGCAUGUACUGAGGUCUCCUUUAAAUCCCAAGACCUGUCCUGAUGGUUCACAAAUGCGACCGUGUGUCCUGAAUCAAAAUUGUUUCCAGUUUCACUACAAUCUAACAGACUGGAGCACAUGCCAGUUAAAUGAAAAUGCAACCUGUGGACAAGGGAUUAGGAAUCGCCUUCUGAGCUGUGUUCGGAGUGAUGGGAAAGUCGUGGCUAUGACCUACUGUGAGCAGCUAAAUUUGGAAACCCCUGCACAAAUGGUUGUUGACUGCCUUGUGGAAUGUGUCGUCAGCUGCCAGUUCUCUGAGUGGUCUGCCUGGUCAGAAUGUUCACAUACGUGUGGCCUUGCAGGUCAGAUGCUACGUACCAGAUAUAUAAUUCUACAAGCACAAGGAGAAGGAAGACCCUGCCCGACUGAGCUCACCCAGUACAGAAGCUGUGUUGUAAAGCCCUGCUACAGCUGGGUUAUUGGCGAGUGGUCCCCGUGCAAAGUCAAGGGUGGACAGUGCGGGGACGGAUUCCAAGUACGGGACCUCACAUGUAUGAUACAUGAUGGCUCUUUAUCGGCAACAUCUAAACAAGCGGAAAGUUCGUUGUGUGGAGAGCUUCCAUCUAAAGAUGGUGCAUUGCAGCUUCCGUGUUCUGUGCCUUGCCCAGGUGAUUGUCAUUUGACAGAAUGGUCAGAGUGGAGCUCUUGUGAAUUAACGUGUAUAGAUGGCAGGAGCUUUGAGACUAUGGGUCGUCAGUCUCGGUCAAGAACGUUUAUAAUUCAGUCUUUCGAAAACCAAGACAGCUGUCCUGAACAAGAAUUGGAGACGCGGCCAUGCUCCGGAGGGAAGUGCUAUAAUUAUGUAUGGAAAAUGAGUCUUUGGCGAGAUAAUGAACGGACAGUGUGGUGCCAGCGUUCUGAUGGGGUGAAUGUCACAGGGGGUUGUUCUGUUCAGAUGCAGCCAGCUACAACCAGGCAUUGCAGCCCAGCCUGUCGGAAGCCCUUUUCUUACUGCACACAGAGUGGAACCUGCGGUUGCGAGAGAGGCUAUACAGAAAUAAUGAGAUCAAAUGGCUUCCUGGAUUACUGCAUGAAGAUACCUGGUUUAGAAGAUAAGAAAGCUGAUGUCAAAACGAAUGCUGCAAAACAUAAACCCGUCAACUCAAAAAUGCAUGAUAUUUUCAAAGGAUGGUCCAUUCAGCCUUUUAAUCCAGAUGGAAAACUUAAAAUAUGGGUCUAUGGAGUAUCAGCGGGUGGGUUUCUCAUGAUAGUUUCCCUAAUAUUCACCUCAUACCUUGUUUGCAAAAAGCCAAAGCAGCAGCAACAUUCUCCUCCACAACCGAAGUGUCUGACCCUAGCCUACGAUGGAGACGUUGACAUGUAACGUGGACUGAAAUCCAAAUGUAGACAUCAACUGCCUUAACUGCUUCCCUACCCACCUUCUUUUUUCUCCCUUUCUCGGUUUGGAUCUUAUUUAUGUUUUUUGGAAGCAUCUCACAAUUGCUGAUACACAUGGGCAGAAUACAGUUUGCAAAUGUAGCAGUUUUGCCUUUGGGUUUAUCUGAAGAACGUGGCACUCAAGGACCUUCUAUAACUUGGCAACACUUUUCCCAAGGGGGACCUGAGAAAUGCAUCUUUCCUGUUUAUCAAUGGGAAUAAGGACAAACAAGUCAAUCUGCAGGCUACUACUGAUUUUUACCUUUAAAAGCAUGACAAUCCUAGGGGGAGGAAAGAUGAUAUUUACUGUAAAGGACAAGUUCAACAUGGCAUCAUUACGCACUAUAUUAGUGCAAGCUUCUUUAUUCUUCACCUCUUUCAGCAAUGAGUUUUCUAGUGUUUACAUUUGAGUUACAUUUGGACUGUAAAACUGAUUCAUACGUUCCCCCAAAAUGUCUGGAAUUCCCUUCGUUUUCUAAGUUCUUGGGUUUCUUAGAUGGGAAAACAAUCUGAUUUCCCUUCAGAAUGAGAUCAGAGGAGCAGGAUAACAAGCACUGGGAAUUUUUUUGCAGCACAAGACCCAGAUUGCUUUGUAACCCUGAUUUUUUGAAGAGGAAGAAGAAAAAACAAACUGGCAGAUGUUUUGAUGACUAGGAAGAUGAAAGUGCUCAAAUAUAUAUUUUAAAUUAGUAUUAAGCCAUUUAGAUACAUUUUUAACCAUUGAAAACUGUAAUUCAGUUUGUUUAAUAUGAAUUCUGCUUUUGUAUUUUAAACUUUAUUAUCUGGAAUAUUUGUAAAUUCUUUUUUUUUAAAGUUUAAUCUUGACCUUAUUUAUGGAUACAUCUUAACACACACACAAAAAGUAAUGUUUGUAGAAGGCCUUGCGUUUUAAAAAGGUUUCCAAGUCUACAUUCUGAACAUCCUGAAGAAGAUACGUGUUUGUAAUAGUAUAUGUUGCAAGUAAGGAAGUGCCAUCUUGUGGUAUUGACAUGUAUUUAUAAGCAAAUAAAAAGCUAAAGUGUGGGAAUGUUGAUCCAGGCACACUGCA